GAACCUUCACCGGUAAGAGAUCUAACUUUUCCAGCAUGGAUAUAGAGAAAGUGUUUCAUAUGAAUGGAGGAGCAGGCAAAACUAGCUAUGCCCAGAACUCUUCUCUCCAGAAAAAAGCUUCGAAUAUGGUGAAACACAUAACCGUGGAAGCGAUUCAACAGCUUUACAACGAAGUGACUCCAAAGAGUCUGGGAAUAGCAGAUUUGGGCUGCUCCUCAGGAUCCAACUCUUUGUCACUCAUCAAAGACGUCGUUGAAGCUGUGGAAGGAGGUGAUAGCCACAAAAUGUUUCACCCCUUGCCGGAGUUUCGAGUUUUCCUUAAUGAUCUUCCGACCAAUGACUUCAAUUCGGUGUUUAAGUCACUGCCUGAUUUCUAUAGGGACCUUAAGAAAGACAGAAAUGAAAGGUGUCCGGAUAUUUUCAUAGCAGGUUAUCCUGGUUCGUUUUAUGGAAGACUGUUCCCCAAUAAUUGCUUGCACUUCAUCUACUCUUCUUACAGCUUGCACUGGCUCUCCAAGGUACCUCCAGGUCUUUACGAUGAGCAUGGCAAGUCUAUCAACAAAGGAAACGUUUAUAUAUCAGACUCGAGCCCGGCAAGUGUGUCCCGAGCAUAUUGGAAUCAAUUCCAGGAUGAUUUCUCAUUGUUCCUGAAAUCACGAUCGGAAGAGCUUGUCACGAACGGGAGAAUGGUGCUCAUUACAUUGGGAAGAAUAGACCACGAGCAUGUCGAUCGAGGCAACUCUUUCUUUUGGGAAAUUCUCUCAAGAUGUCUGGCCAUAUCAGUUUCACAGGGAGAAAUUGAGAAGGAGAAGGUCGAUUGUUACGAUGUACACUUUUAUGCAGCGUCGAGAAAUGAAAUAGAAGACGAAGUGAGAAGAGAGGGUUCGUUCGAAUUGGAAAGAGUCGAGAUGUUCGAGAUCGAGAAACAAGUCAAAGGUGGAGAGAGCAACGGCACUGCGGUGGCGAUGACCGUGAGGGCAAUCCAAGAAUCCAUGUUGUACAACCAUUUUGGAGAUGGGAUAAACUUGGAUACCUUGUUUAACAAUUAUGCGAAAAUAGUGGACCAAGAAAUGGCCAAACAAGAAAUUAACCCUGUCACUUUUCUUCUAGUUCUUAAGAAAUUAUAAAAUAUUAUUGAAGAACCAGCACUUUUGUUGUACUUCUUAAGUUGAAAUGCAGGCUAGGGCCCUUGCAAUAAUAUCAUUGCUGAAA